ACACCCUGUCACACUCACUCUCCAUGCCUGCCUCCUCAGAAAUAGACGAGAUUUUUGCAGCCAAGCCACAGGGAACGGCCUCCAAAACAAAGAAAAAAGCCAAGCAGUCCUCGAGCAAACGCUCUAACCCCGAGACUGUCGUUGACUCGUCUUCUUCUCGCCAUCACCCAAAAAAACGCCAAAAAAUCGACGGGCAAUCCAAAAAAAGCUCGUCUACCCAACGACCCCAACAUGACGACGAUCGCUUCAAGGACUCAAGAGGGACUGGUUCUCGUCAGAAAACCGAAGAAGGGUACAACAUUUACAAGGAAGACGAACUCGGCAUCGGCAACGAGGGUGGAGACGCACCGCUGUGUCCCUUCGACUGUAAUUGCUGCUUCUGAUAGUGAUCCUUGUAUUACGAGUUUCCAGGAAAGACAGAUCCGUCGGUGAAUGUCUCCAGUGCGGUGCGAUCUCCCCAGAUGAGCCUAUCUGUAAUCUGGCUCUAUCGAAGCCUCACCGGCCCACUUCUGAAGCCACGGUCGGUGAGGUCAAUGUGCAGCCAACAACGAUGUCCUUUGUAUAAAUAUACACUUCUCAUCGAGCCCUUGUGUCGUUUGAGAAUUUAUCUAUCAAUCUUAUGG